CCCCCAUAGGCUCUGACGUCAAUGCACGUCAACCAGAGAACAUGAUGCCUCCUGCAAGUCAACUCGUGUACUCUAGCAAACAGAGCUGAAAUAUUAUAGCUCUAUUGUAUCGGAGGAGGGUGGCGUGACACAUCGCCGCACUCCCGAGCGCUCGCUUUCUCCUGGCAAGACUGGAGCGGACCAUCACCGAGCAAACUGGCCGCCCGACCGGGAUUUCUUCUUGGUCUAUUUUUGAUAGACACAUUUUAGCCUCUGCCGACCUCGUUAUCUCGAGGCUGAAGUGGCAGGUCUUUAUCUUCUUUGCAAACCAUAGUGUAUCACAAAAAGCAUGGUCAUGGCUGACUGUCACCAAAAGCCAGUGCUCCGGGGUCCGGUUAGGGUGGGCUUCUACGAUAUCGAGCGGACUCUCGGAAAGGGAAAUUUCGCUGUUGUGAAACUGGCGCGACAUCGUAUAACCAAGACAGAGGUGGCUAUAAAGAUCAUCGACAAGACUCAGCUGGAUGCUGUAAACCUGGAGAAGAUCUAUCGUGAAGUACAAAUCAUGAAAAUGCUGGACCAUCCGCACAUCAUUAAACUUUACCAGGUCAUGGAGACCAAGAACAUGCUAUACCUAGUGACGGAGUAUGCCAAGAACGGGGAAAUAUUUGAUUAUCUAGCCAAGCACGGACGGCUCAGUGAACAGGAGGCUCGACGAAAAUUCUGGCAAAUCUUGUCCGCUGUUGAGUACUGUCACAACCGUCACAUCGUCCACCGGGACCUGAAGGCGGAGAAUCUGCUGCUAGAUGGACACAUGAACAUCAAAAUUGCUGAUUUCGGUUUUGGAAACUUCUUUCAGCCUGGAAAGCCACUGUCGACGUGGUGCGGGAGUCCUCCGUACGCCGCUCCAGAAGUGUUCGAGGGCCAGCAGUAUGAAGGACCCCAGCUGGACAUCUGGAGCAUGGGGGUGGUCCUGUAUGUGCUGGUGUGCGGCGCUCUGCCCUUCGAUGGCCCCUCUCUUCCCGUUUUGCGGCAGCGCGUUCUGGAGGGUCGUUUCCGUAUUCCUUACUUCAUGACAGAAGACUGUGAGCAUCUGAUCAGGAGGAUGUUGGUGCUGGACCCCUCUAAGCGUCUGUCCAUAGCACAAAUAAAGGACCACAAGUGGAUGGUUUUGGAGGUGCCAGUGCAGAGACAGAUGUUAUAUCAGCAGACACCUGGAGGAGAGGCUAGGGUGGGAGAAUACAGUGAACAGGUGCUCAGGUUAAUGCACAGCCUGGGGAUCGACCAGCACAAGACUAUAGAGUCUCUUCAGAAUAAGAGUUACAAUCAUUUUGCUGCUAUCUACUACUUGCUGGUCGAGAGGUUAAAGGCGCACCGUUGCAGUUUUCCCGUAGAGACCAGACUCGACCCCCGCCAGAGACGACCCAGUACGAUUGCCGAGCAGACCGUCGUCAAGGCGAGCAGCGCUGCUCCUCAGGUGAGCCUCCUGCCACAGAACGUACGUCUACUGCGAUCCCCUGCGGUGCCUCAGCCCUCUGCGGAAUCCUUCACAUUCCCACAAUCCUCCUGUGCUGCUGAACACGGCUUCAUGGAGGAGGAAGUUGGAACUCCCAAAGUCAACGGCUGUAUGCUGGACCCCCUGCCUCCCGUAGCUGUUAGAAAAUCCAGCGUUCCCACCCACAGCAACAUGAUGGAGACAUCUAUAGAUGAGGGGAUCGAGACGGAGGAGUUGGACACUGAAGAUGACCCCGCCCACAUGUUCAAUGCCUAUCAGACGACGCGCUUCGGUCAGCGCAGACACACGCUGUCAGAGGUCACCAACCAGCCAGCAGUGCUAACCAGUGCAGGUAAACUGUUCGGCAUGGGUCAGAACCCCUCUCCAGGUAGCGUGGAUUCAGAGUAUGACAUGGGCUCCAUGCACAGUGACCUCAGUCUGCUGGAAGACACUACCUCUCUAAACGAGGUGGCAUUAGCAAACACACCAGUCACCCGCAUGCUUCCGCCCUUCAUCAGCGCUCGGCCAGCUAACCCCACCAUGCAGGCGCUGAGCGCCCAGAGGAGAGAGACGCACAACCGCUCUCCCAUCAGCUUCCGCGAGGGUCGUAGGGCAUCAGACACCUCACUCACACAAGGUUUGGUGGCCUUCAGGCAACACUUGCAAAAUCUGGCACGGACGAAAGGGAUCCUGGAGCUGAAUAAGGUGUACGAGCAGAUGGGCUCUGGAGAAAGCCCUUCCCUGGGACUGCUGAACCCUUACGUCCAUCCACAUGACUUACUGGACCCCACACUACAGGUUGAAAGAGGUCACCAGCAUGACAUGGCUCUGUGCUCAGGUGGAACACACCAUGCUCUGUUGUCAAGGAGACAGAGUCUGGAGCCGCAGUACCUCUCACACAGAAUACAGAACGCUACUCUGAUGGCCAACAGCCCCAGCAGUUGCCAGAUGUUCUGCAAAGAAACCCCUCGCAGUCUGGAGCAGCAACUGCAGGAACACAGGCUGCAACAGAAACGCCUUUAUCUUCAGAAGCAAUCCCAGAUGCAAUCUUACUUCAAUCAAAUGCACAUUGUGGAGGACCCUUACGCUCCUUGUGCAUCUCUGGGGCACCAGGAUUCUGGAGCUCCUCCUCAGCCACAGGGUUCAAUAGCAUCAGCACAUCAACAGCAGGCGCCCCCUCCGUAUGUGCAUGCACAGCCCCUUGGCCCUCUUAUGGAGCCCAAUCCGGAAGCCCUAGCGUACGAUCCCUACCUUGGCCAUUACUCUCAGAUGCAUCCGACGCCUCUGCCACAAGGCUUCUCCGCUCAACAACAAGAACCUCUGAACUACACCUACACCACGUGUGAACCCGGCCAAUCUCCAUCAGGGGAAGCACUCUACCAGGAGCAACAUGACUAUCCUCUUGAACCCGGUCAACCAGCUCCACCGGGGGAUUCGGAGGGCGCUCGGUACGAAGGGCUGCCAUUGGCCGACACCUUUUUGGACAGCGAAAUGAUGGAAACUGUAGACUCCCAGCACGGUUUUGUGUUGGUGAACUAAACCAAGACACUCGUUCAAAUAACCAGUAUUACCUUGAUGUGACUCACUACGGAUGAUUGGUAGAGAGGGAUUAAGUAACAGGGAGGGAUGGGGUUGUGGCGAACGUGAGCUGUAAUCUUUUUCGUUUAUGAAACUCCUCCCUACCUCCCUCCUCAUUCCCCAGUGGUCCCACCUGCUGCUCUCUUUUACAAUAGAGGGCCGUAUGGCAUGGCAUCGGUGCCAGCGCCGGGUCGGCUGUACCACAGGACCUCCGUGUGUGGGGGGGCUCAACUCCUCUUUCCGCCAGAGCCCGUCGCCUUUGAGCUGACCGCAGGAUAGGAGCCGCUCGCUACGCACCGUAUGUAGCACAAAGACAGCCUCGAUCUGCAAUACGGAGCCUGCUAUAGAGCACAAUUCAGUUUGAACCUGUUUUAUACCAAUUCUGAACAAAACUUUGGAAAGACUGCUUCUAGCUGUGCACACUUGACAAGUGCAAUGUUAGUUCAAACGUAUGGCAAUAUUGAAGCAAUAUACUGAAACAUGAAGCCAUAAAUAGGAACUGCACCAAAAAGGUUAGCAGCGGAUGUUUCUCAACACUUGUGGAUACAACUGUGAUUUUUCACUGGAUUUUCCCUUCAUGCUCAUUGAGAACCUCUUAAAAUAACAAUCUGUUCUGCUAGAACCACAACAGUGUUAUUUUGCCGGCUAAUAUUACAGAUCCUUAGCAUCGGCACACGUGGAGGGAUGAGUCACGACUCUCCAGAGUGAUGAUUAUCGGGGAGUGGUUUGGAUGGCAGGUGACCUCCAUAGUAGACUUUGUUAAUGUGGGCAUGCAUUUAUAUGUUUUAGAGCAUCUAAUUAUUAUCUCAUUGGUCACACGAAAUCAUCAGCGUUCAAAGAUUGCAAUAAUUGUACAUUUGUUAAGUCACAAGACACUGGAUUGCGGCCAAUCAAUCGCAUUACAAACUAGAGAUUUUAUAGCAACGCUUGAACUUGACAAUUACAAUCUGUGGCUGAACGCUGAUAUUAAAACUCUUCGGUACUUUGUAACUGAAUAAACGUUUUAAGGUUAUAAAGGCAGAUCAUAUACUGGAGUACUUUGUGAAGGAAGUGAAUGAAAAUGUAGUUGAGGAGACGGCAGAGGUGGGUGAGGUCAACCUGCUUUGCUAGUUUCGUCGACUAUGGCCGUGUUCACACUUGACUUCUUUUUUGAAGCAGCUAGCUGGUGUUUUACAUUAUAAUUGUAUUGAGUAAACCAUGUUUUCAAAAAAGUCCUGAGCGCUUUUUUAUACGCCAACGGCAGCGUCUUUGCUGCAGCUCAGAGCGUCUUUUAAGGUUGAAAAAAGUUCAACUUUUCUUAAAGAUGGCCUGCGCCAAGCACCUUUUUUCAGCUAACCAAUGACAGAGACCUGUCAUUUCCAUAUCAACAUUCAAGGAAAGUGAUUGGUCGAGAAGGCUCAAGCUCAAAAAAUUGAAUGGCGGCCGAAACGCCCGUAGUAGCAUAGUUUUGUAUAAAUGUAAGUUUAAUUUUCACUUUUAAUAACUUUUGAUUUCAUUUCUGGCGAGAAAUUAGUACUGUACUGUUUAAAUAGGUGAUUGGUUAUUGCAAAGACGCUCUUUGUUUAUAUUUCCAAUAGAAUUCUGUCACGCUGCCUAUGAAGCCUGUCUCUCUAAUCUGCCUUUGUGCACAAAUGCUAUCUUUCUUUCUUUUACUAAAAAAACGCCAUUGUCAACUUUUACUA